GCAGCGCCAAUAGCGAGCGCGCCUCCCUGCUGUGCCAAAUAUAAAAGCAGCUGCGCUCCGACUUCCACGCAUCGGUUUGGCUUUCCUCAAGCAGCGGCAGCUCACGGAUCAGCGCACAGAUCGUGAUCCUUGCAUGCUUCAUAUUUAAAAGCAGAAUGGAUUUAAACUUCACGCUCUCGGAGCGCAACCUGGCCGGCUUUGGCGCGCUGGCGCAGCGGCUGUUUGGGAACAAGUCGCUGUCUCCCGUUGGGAACGACACGGGCGCUCCCAGACCGGAGGAAGAAGACCUCGAGGUGAACACCGACAUCUACUCCAAGGUGAUAGUCACCAUCAUCUACGUGGCUCUGUUCGCCGUCGGCUCUCUGGGGAACUCCAUCACCCUGUACACCCUGCUGACCAAAAAGAGCCUGCAGAACCUCCAGAGCACCGUACACUACCACCUGGCCAGCCUGGCCGUGUCGGACCUGCUCAUCCUCGUCCUCUCUAUGCCCAUCGAGCUCUACAAUUUCAUCUGGUUCCACCACCCGUGGGUGUUCGGGGACGCCGUGUGCAGGGGCUACUACUUCCUGCGGGACAGCUGCUCCUACGCCACCGCGCUCAACAUCGCCAGCCUGAGCGUGGAGCGCUACAUGGCCAUCUGCCACCCGUUCAAAGCGAAGAGCAUCAUGUCCCGGAGCCGCACUAAGAAGCUUAUCAGCGCCAUGUGGAUCGCGUCCUUCGCGCUCGCCACUCCGAUGCUCUUCAUCAUGGGCCAAAUGACCCGCAACGGGGAGAAGAUCUGCACCACCAUCGUCUCCGCUGUCACCAUGAAGACCGUGCUGCAGGUAAAUGCGUUCCUGUCCUUUGUGUUGCCGAUGGUUGCCAUCUCCGUGCUCAACGGGGUCAUAGCCAAUCAGCUGCUGCGGAUGUUCCAGGAAGCUGAGCAAGACAGCCGCAUGUCCAUCACCAGGGGAAAUCCCACCAUGCUGAACAUCACAGUGGAAUCAAACCGCGCUCAGUCGCUUCGCCAUGGAGUUCUCGUCCUCCGAGCCGUGGUCAUCGCCUUUGUGGUCUGCUGGCUGCCCUAUCACGCUCGCCGCCUCAUGUUUUGCUACGUCUCCGACUGGUCAGACAACAUGUACGACUUCUACCACUACUUCUACAUGCUGACCAACGUGCUGUUCUACGUCAGCUCGGCCAUCAACCCCAUCCUCUACAACCUGGUGUCUGCUACCUACCGCCAGAUCUUCUUCACCACGCUGCGCUACUUCUUCGUGCCCUGCCGCCACACACCCAGGAAGCAGCUGCACCCCCUGACCCGCCACUCCAUCAGCAUUUCCAGCAACCACACCUUUUCCACCAACAUCAUCAAAGAAACAACGUACUGACAGUACGGAACUGCUUGCUGCCGUGCUGCAGCGGCAGAAGGAAACCUCCGUUAGACGUUGGGUCAUGGUGCACGUCGUGGAACUGUGGUGAUCAUCAUUUGUCCUGGUAAACCAAGUACCCACCCAGAGACCACUGUCAUUUGACUGCAACUGCACAAUGUCUCGUGACUUCAUCCAGCAUUGCAUGAAGUGAGGUGAACAUUUUGUUUCUUAUGAUGUUAAAUAUAAACUUCAGAAACUCUAUAAACAUGGCCUUUGGCAAUACUGUCAGUGCAAUGGCAGCCAUGGUGUAACCAUCAUCUGUGAGCGUCUGUGGAUAAACCUCACUUUGAUGUUAGAUGAAGCAAAGCAGGGUAAAGGGCGUAAAGUCUGUGGAGGAAAACCCCUUUCAUCACAGGCUCUUUACCCGUCCUGCAUGUGUUGACUUUGGUCAAGCGAAACUCUGCUGCCCAGCUCUCAGCCUGCAGGAGGUCCUUGUUGUACAGCUCACCUCCUGAUAUCCAGCGGGGUUUUGUAAAUACACUCACAGGGAGAAUGUUAAUUUCUGACACUUUUCGGUUUUCAUAGCAAAAACCUGUGAAAGCAUAGCCAGAACAAAAGAGGCUGUGACUGAUUGUUGUACUUGUGCAUAACUAUGUCAGAAAUUAUACACUCUGGAAAUAAAGUUGUUCCUAAACUCAA